UAAAAUACUUUUUUCUUAGUUUUAUAUUAUAAUUUUAUAAUAAUUGAAGUCUUUUAAACUAUCAUAUAGUUUAUCUGAAGAAAUUUACAAAAAAAUGUUACCGAUUUGGACGUUAUAAGCAUUUAUGACAAUAGAGUUCAUUUUUGCAUACGCCGAGGAACUUUUUACUACCGGCAGCGUAGGCUGCGAGUGUACUGCAAAUUGCAAUAACGUAUAAAAUUAAGGGUUUCAAGUGAUAAUAUAUAAGAUAAUUUAUUUUUGAAAAUGGAAGAAAUAAUUAAAAAAUUAUUGGAAGCAGAUAGCGAGGUUAUAAGACAGGCUAAUGCAGAAUUAACUGAAGCUUAUAAACAUCCAGACACUAUAGCAAUAUUAUGCAACAUUGUUGUUUCACAACAUCCUCCGGCUAUUCGUCAAUAUGCCGCAACAUUACUUCGUAGACGUUUAGCUAAAAGACGUAACUGGCUAACCGUGACAACAGAAGUUCAAUUUAUAAUCAAAACCGGAAUGCUUAAAGCGUUGCUGGACGAAAAUGAAAAGUCUGUUCGCAAUGCCAUAGCUCAACUUGUGGGUGUAAUUUUGCUUAACAGUGGUCAAGAUAUGGAUACAAGUUUUAUGGAAGAGAUAUUGGGAAUUAUUUAUAAAUACAGCAAUUCAAAUGAUGCUAAAGAAAAAGAAUUGGGAACAGCAAUUUUUGCAGUACUAUCAGAUGUUGCUCCCAAUCAAUUUAUACCACAUUUGAAUUCUAUAUGCAAUUUAUUUACAUCUGCAAUGGUGGCUACAGAAGCGGGCAACAUGAAUGUUACAUCACAAGUUGUACUUAAUAUAAUAGUUGGUAUGAAUUAUUUGAUACCAUUUAUUGUUGGACAUAAUGCUGCAGAAGGUACAAUUCAAAAGUACAUACCUUCGAUUAUCAAAACCAUACGAUACUUUGCCUUUUCUGGAAAUCCAGAUGAAUUUAUUCGUGCGUUUGAUAUAUUAGAAAAUAUUGCAGAUUACACUCCAAAAUUAAUGAAUAACUAUGUUAAGCUAAUGCUCGAGUUAUGUAUUGAAUUGUCACAAAAUACUGAAUUAGAUCCAGCUAUACGCAUUAAAAGUGUAGCUUAUAUUGGUUUCAUAGUACGCUUGAAAAAGAAGAUUAUCAUUAAGCAAAAAUUACUGGAACCUAUUCUGAAACUUAUAUUUGGACUAAUGUGCACAGAACCUGAAGACGAAGAAGACGACGAUGAAUACUUUCUUGGUCAAGAUGCAAAUAGUCCAAUGACUACAGCUGCUCAGACAAUGGAUAUGUGUGCUUUACAUUUGCCACCUGAUAAAUUUAUACCACCAUUGUUACAAAUGUUAGAAGGAGCAUUACAAGGUCCAAAUCCUAUGGAACGUCGUGGCGCAUACUUAUCUAUGGCGGUUAUCGCAGAAGGUUGCUCUGAAACAAUUUGCAAUAACUAUUUGAAUCCUAUGUUUGAAAUUAUCAGAGUUGGCUUAACGGAUCAAUCUACGUUAGCUCGUGCUGCAGCCUUUUUCGCGUUAGGUCAAUUUUCUGAAUAUUUGCAACCUGAUAUAACUCGUUUCGCUCCACAAAUUCUGCCAAUUUUGUUCGAUUAUAUGCAUAAUGUUAGUGUAGAGUUUAAUAGAGGUCUUCCUGAACCUAAGCAUAUAGAUCGCAUGUUUUAUGCAUUAGAAACCUUUUGCGAGCACAUGGAAGAAGAGUUGGUGCCGCAUUUGCCAGUGUUAAUGGCAAGAAUUUAUGAAAUAUUAUCUCCAGUUCAUACAGUACGUUUACGAGAAAUGGGCUUUAGUUGCGUUUCUUCCAUUGUUUCAGCUGUAAAAGAAAAAAUGUUGCCUUAUUUUGAAGAAAUGAUUUCUUUACUCCGACCAUAUUUAGAAAAAUCUGAUGAUGAGAAUAUUAAUGCAUUACGCCCUCAAGCUAUUGAUACUUUAGCUUCAAUUGCACGUUAUAUUGGCAAAUUGAAUUUUAUGCCAUUAGCAUUAGACACAAUGAGUUUUGCACUUUCUUUAUUAGAGUCCUCUGAAGAUCCAGAAUUGCAUCGUUGCAUAUAUAACUUAUUGGGCGCAUUAUCAGAAGUUGUAAAUGAACAAAUGGCUUCGGUAUUCCCGAAAGUGAUUCCACUUAUGUUAACAACUUUAGGUAGACCUGAUGAAGAAUGUCCAAAAGUAAUGGAUGAUAAUGAGUCUUCCAGUGAAGGAUCAGAUGAAGAAGAUAUCGAUAUUUCACAGUCUGAAAAUGACAAAGAAGAUGCAAACGAUCAAGAUUUCGAUGUUGAAAAUCCUUAUUUAGAUGAAAAGGAAGAAAUUAUUAUAGCAUUAAAAGAUUUCGCACAGCAUUCGGGCCAUUCGCUUUUACCAUACAUAGAAAGAUCUUAUGAGGAAGUUUAUAAAAAAUUGGAUCAUCCAACUGACGAAUUGCGUAAAGUAUCAGUUGAAACAUUGAUAGCUUUUAUCUUAUGUCUUAAAAAUCAAGAGAAGUCGCAAGCUGUUAUUAAUGCUGUUGCUGUAUUAUUAAAAAAAUUGGCACGACUUAUUCAGGACGAUGAAAAUCCUGGAGUUGUUGUAACUUGCAUGGAUGGUAUAACUGAUAUGUUAAAAGAAUUAAAAAGUUUAGUAGCAUCUAGCGAAGAACAAGUUAACAUUAUUUAUACUAUCAUUGAGAAUGUUAUGCUUGGUAAGCUCACAUGUCAGUUCGAAGAUGUUGAUGAAGACGAUGAGUCGGAUGAGGGACUAGAAGAGAGUGAAUUUGAUGAAGCAAUAAUCGAAACUGGAGGAAAUUUAUUACCAUUGCUAGGCCAUGCAGUACAACCACACAUAUUUGAUAUAUACUUUUCACGUAUUCAUGGUGUAUAUUUGAAAAAAUUGUUAAAAGCAAGAAAAAAUAAAGAUUUAGAAAAUCAACGUGCAUUUAUUUAUGGUGCACUAGCAGAAUGCUUUUCACCAUUAAAACAAUAUUCAGCUAAAUACUUUGAUACAAUGUGCGCAGUUAUGAUGUCUGGAUUAACAGAUCACAGUGAGCAGGCGAGACAAAAUGCGCUGUUUGGUUUAGGAGAAUUAGUUCUAAAUUCUGCAGAAAAAUCCUAUCCACAAUAUCCAGCAAUUUUGAAUGCAUUGUCACAACGCUUUGCAAAUGAAACUAAACCGAGCGCUGUAGAUAACGUAUGCGGUGCUGUAGCACGUCUCAUUUUAACAAGUCCCGGAAAGGUUCCUCUUCAACAAGUGUUGCCAGUAUUUUUACAGAAAUUGCCAAUUAAAGAAGAUAUACAAGAAAAUGAACAUAUAUUCAAAUGUUUCCAGCUACUUCUGAUUAGUUCACGUGAUGCCAUCAUUGAUUUCGUUGAGCAAAUUUUGGCAAUUGUUGUGCAUGUACUAUAUCAGAAACAAUAUGCUGAUGAAAUCACUUACGCCCUUGGUGUUAACAUCGUUAAUGAGAUAAAACUGAAAUAUGCAGACAAAUUCAACUUUUUGGCUAACAAUAAUGUAGAAAUGGUCUCGUUUCUGAAUUCCUUGUAAUACAAAAAAAAAUUUUAUACAUUAUAAACUUUAAUGAAUAAGUAGUUAUCAACACAACGUAUUACAAAUUUACAAAAUUUACAAUGGUAUACAAAUUUCAGAAAAUAAAAUCUAUGUAAAUGCAUUGAUUAAAAUAUAUUUAGUUUAAAUAAUGUACUAAAUAUGCAAGUAAAAAGAAUUCUCAAAACUAUAAAUGCAAAUUAAAUAAAUUGUACUAUAUACUUAUAAUUUCAUAAAGUAAACAGAUUGAUGGUUUACAGUUUAGCAUACUGAAUAUUAAUUUUUUCGUAUAUAUAAAUAUACAUGGAGAGAAUUUUUAUAGUACUAUCUCUCCAAAAUUUCCUUAUUAUAUAUUUGAAUGUUUUUUCUGAAAAUUAAAAGAAUUUUUUUUUAUCUCUAAUGACUGUGAUACUUUCUAAUACAUUUAACCCAUCGGUCCUUAUUUUGUAUUUGUUUUAACGAAAUUACAAAUCUCGAAUUAGCUACAAUUUAAAGAAAAAGUGUUCUACAACGAAAACAAAAAAUUUUUUAUAUAUUAAAUUAUUGUUUCUGUUAAUAUUGCAUUGAUUAAUUAUCUUAAUCAACAAAUAUACAUAUAAUUAAAUAUUAAAAUGAAUACAUAAGUAAUUGAAGCAAAUAUAUUUUGUUUAAACAUUGUUACCAUAUAUAAAAAAAUUAUACCAAUUGUAUUCUCACAAAUUUAUAAAAAUUUAUGUGAAAAUUAAAUUAAGUAUAAAGUAUUUAUUUAAUUCGGUGAUAAACUGUAGCGCAUUUAUGUUUUAAGAGAAAUUUUAAAAAAUAAAAUAGAAUUCUGAAAGUUAAUAAAUGUAAAGUUUGUAAAAAAGACAAAGCUGUAAAACGUAUUAAAGAUUUUUGAUGGAAACAUAAAUAAAUUAUAAGGGCAA